UGUAGUUGUGGUUGCUUAUAACCUUCUGUCCCAAGGUUAUGACUUAGUGCCUGUCAUCUGCUCGCAGCUGCCUUUUCCUUAAAAAUGAUGAGCCAAGGAGGGAGGAAAUUGACUACUUCUGAGAAGUGCAGUUUUAAAGAACUAUGUUCUGGAGAAUACUAGUAGCCAGCUAACCCCGGGGUUUAGGCUCCUGCUUUAAUAUGUUUGUGACUGCCUCAUUGAUAACAUCAAGGUACCUAUGCAGCUUUUGCCAGAGGCUUUCUCAUUUGUCUGCUGCUUGAACUUUGUGGCCGUCUGUCCCCAUCAGAGCAGGUUAUCAUGUAAUUCUGGAGCUGGGCAGAAGCAGAGAUAAACAUGCAUUCCAACCACACAGCUCAGAAUGGAUGCCGGUCACAGGAAGUUACCCAGUUGAUCAAGAAGCAGCUGGUGAACUCCAUCAAGGCCCUGCAGAAACAUUAUGUUACCUCUGAUGCACUUGUAACCAGUGACGAUGGGGACGCCAACACCCUCUGCUGUGCACUAGAGGCAGUGUUUGUGCAUGGUUUGAAGGCCAAGCAUAUCAAAGCAGAAGUCGGAGCAAAAGGGAGAAAAUUUGGGGGGCGUCUGCCCCUUCCCCAGCCAGUGUUCUGGGCCCUGCUAAAAUCUAUCACACACAGAAACAUAAUUUCUGAGCUGGAACACUUGGAUUUCAUCAACACAGAUGUGGGCCGCUGCCGUGCUUGGCUGAGGCUGGCACUGAAUGACGGCCUGAUGGAGUGCUACCUGAAGCUCUUGCUCCAUGAAAAGGCCCACCUCUCUGAGUAUUACCAUUCGCCAGCUCUGCUUCUGGACACCGAGGAGGUUGAGUUUCUCCUCAGUUACUUGCAGGGCUUGUCGUCCCUGGCCUUUGCCCUCUCCUACAAGUCAGCAGUUUUGAACGCAUGGACUGUCACGCCUUUAUCCCUAUCAGGUCUUUGUCCAGCCUCAGAGCUGUCAGAACCCCAGAGGAAGGAAUCGCUGGGCUCCCUCUUUCAGUCUCCUGGCUCAGAUGAAGUUGAAGCGCCCCUAGCCAUCUGGCCUGUCACUAAAAGCCAGCAGGCAAAUAAACUCACAGCAUCCAACCUGAGCAUCAGCACAACAGGUUCCUCACAGCUCUCUUCAAGCCUCAGUUCUGACAGCCUUCUACCUGGGACUUCCACCUGCACCCAGAGCCCUGACAAAGGUGAGGAGCCCAGCUUGGAUGACUCUAAACUUGGCAGGGCCACAGCAAAAGACUUGGACCAGUCCCUCCAAGAGGUGUUAGCAGAAUUCAGCAGAGCCCAGAAAAAGUCGGAAUCUGUAGGAGUUAAGCAAGUUCACAUCCUGUCUGAGUCUCCCCCAUCAUGGCACUCCUUUCCUGCCACCAGCUUCUGCACUGCACACCUUCCUUGUACUGUAACAACUGAAUGCCUUGCUGACAUCAAGCCACCUCCUACCACAGCAAAUUUGCAGUUUCCAAAUCCAAGCAACCCACUUAAAACCGGAGAAGUGGCUGUUUGUACCAAGAUCCAACAGACAUCCUUGCCAGUCAUAACGCACAGUGCCAAAGGAGUAGAACAUGUGUCCCAAACUCCUCACAUCAUCAAGAGAGGAACUCAAGAUGAAAUCCACCAAGUUAAUGGCCACGAGGGGAGCCAUCCAGAGACAGAACAGCUUCUCUCACCAGCGGUCUGUCUGAAAACAAGCUGGAUCACCGAGGAUGAUUUUGACCUUCCUUCUUCUCCUGAGGAGGCAGGAGAAGGCUUCUCCCACUCACACCUUCCCUUGCUAGAGAGUCCUGUUGCUCACCAGCCAUUGAUACCAAGCAGUGCCCUGGAUCCGCGCAGGCUUCAUAUGUCGUCACUAGAGACCAGCAAGCCCAAACUAUCCCCCGAGAGGGAAUUGAAGGGCUUUCAUGUUGUUCACCGGAGGCAAAUGGGCCUCUCCAAUCCCUUCCGUGGCCUGCUGAAGUUGGGGACCCUAGAGCGACGAGGAGGCAUGGGCAUCUGGAAGGAGUUGUACUGUGAGCUCUCUCCAUUGGAACUACGUCUCUUUGUGGACAGUGAGGAACGUGUGUGUGUGGAAAACUGUUCCCUGCUGAGGUGUGAGUCCCUGGGGCUGGCUCAUAGUGAUGGCCGCUUCGACCUGGUCUUCUCGGGCAAACGGCUCUGCCUUCGGGCUCCCUCUCAGGAUGAGGCAGAUGACUGGCUAGACCGGCUGCAUGAGGCCCUUCAGAAGUGUAGGCCUCAGCAAGAUGAAGAUUGGGAAACUCUAGAGUGCCCUGAGGCAGUGGAGAACCUUGAGGGAAACUCUGCUGUUGGACCACCCAGUGACCUGUCUGUCCUCUUUCAGUACCAUGGAAAUGGCCAAAAUGGACUGGACUGGACAUGUGUUUUGGCACCUGAGUUAGACGCAGUCAAAGAAUCUGUUCUGUACCUAGAGGCUGAAAGAACGUGGGUCCCUUUUGUUUUCUCUUUGUCCUUAGAAGCCUUAAAGUGCUUCAAAGCCAGAAAUGGCGAAAAAACACUGAGCAACAGCUAUGGAGUCGAGACCAUUCAGGACAUUCUGCCUGAUGUGAGCCUCGGUGGGCCUGCCUUCUUCAAGGUCAUCACCUCAAAAGCAGUGCUGAAGCUGAGAGCUGAGAAUGCAGAGGAGGCAGCUGAUUGGAGAGACCUGGUCCGCCGAGUGCUUAUGUCCUACCUGGAAACCGCUGAGGAGGCACUGACGCUUGGAGGCAAUCUGGAUGGGAAGUCUCAGGCAGUCCUAAAGAACACUGUCAAGGAGAACGGAUUCCUCCUGCAGUAUCUGGUUGCCAUCCCCACGGAGAAGGGACUGGAUUGCCAGAGCUUCAUAUGUGCAGGCUGCUCCAGACAGAUUGGCUUUUCCUUUGUGAAGCCCAAGCUAUGUUCAUUCACAGGCCUCUAUUACUGUGACAGCUGCCACUGGGAUGAAGAGUCAGUGAUUCCCUCACGCCUGAUACAUAAUUGGGAUCUCGCUAGGCGUCCGGUCUGUCACCAAGCUCUGAAGUUCCUGACCCAAAUUCACAGCCAGCCUUUGAUUGAUUUGAAGCUGGUGAAUGAGACCCUCUACGACCAUGUGGACCUUAUGAGUCGUAUCUACAAGAGCCGUGAGCAGCUGAAGCUCCUUGGGGAUUAUCUUGUCCUUUGUCGCAGUGGGGCCCUGAAGGAGAUCAGCAAAAGGUUUGAUCACCGGCACUACCUCCUGGAAUGUCCCCAUAAAUACAGCGUGGCUGACCUGAGGCAGAUUGCAGAUGGGGUGUUCGAGGUAUUCCUCCAGUGCCUGAUUCAGUUUGCCUCCCACCAUGUCUACAGUUGUGACCUUUGUACCCAGAGGGGUUUUAUCUGCCAGAUCUGUAACAACAACGACAUCAUCUUUCCCUUUGAAUUUGACACAACUACCAGGUGUAGCAAGUGUAAAACCGUCUUCCAUAGCAGCUGCCAAGUAAAUGCCAGUUUCUGCCCUCGCUGCAUCCGCCGGCAGAAAUACCAGCAGAAGCUUUAAUCAUCCUUUUGGAAAUGACCUCAGGAUGCACUGCGCCUUAAAGAGGGGUUGGCCACAGCAACAGGGCAGUUCAGAGGACAAUUGGGAAAGGGCACAAAGAGGCUUGAGAGCAAAGGAAGGCCCACUGCCAGCCACUCAUCUCCUUCCAACUAGGGUGUAGCCCUGCAGUGAUAGCAUGUUUUGGUAACAUCAGUUAUGGAGAAGAGUCCCACAGCAAACAUACAUAAGGACAGUUAUUCUGAUCUGCAGCUGUUGCCUCUUUUCCCCAGGCUUCAUUCUCUUGCCUUUCUAGGCGAACACAUGCUUGGCUUGUGUGCAGUGUGUGUGUGUGGAAAAAGGACUCCCAGAGAGACGAACCCUUAGUGAACACAUCUUGAUUCAAACCACAACAGUCAUUUUCUUUUGUUUUUAAUUAAUGCACUUUGUAGCAGAGUCCUUGUGCCUUCCGCACUUUAAAGACUACCCCUGAAAUGUCACGUGCCAAAUGGCUGCUGAAUCCUCUGGACACAUUCCAUCCUUCCCACUCUUGGUAUCUCCUUUAAGCGAAGUGACCUUCUAAAUAAUAAACCACUCCUCUGCUUCUGCUUCUUUUUUUAAUUAAGCCAAUGAAUUCCAGAUAUGCAUUUUUAUUUCCCUUUAUCCUUCUAUGCAGAUAAUUAAAGUUUAUUUAGUAAAGAACUA